AGAGAGAGAGAGAGAGAGAGAGAGAGAGAGAGAGAGAGAGAGAGAGAGAAUCAAAGGUAGUAAUAUAGUCUGAGUAACUGCAAGACACUCUUCAGUCUAUUAGUGCGAGGUCAGUAGCCUGCAUGUCUCAUCAUGACGAGGCUUUUCACUACUGAUCGAUAAGUUUCAUCAACACGUUCAUAGCUCUAUUUUUACUCCUGCGUUUCUUAUUGAUUUGAAAGACGACAUAAGUUCCAUAAAAUGACACUUCAUUCCUCACUGUCAGCACCACGCAGAAACUACACUUUGCGAUGCUGGCUUUGUGGGAAAGAAAUAGCCCGUUAAUGGACACAUGGCAAUCCUGCGACACCCCCCAAAAAUAAUGAUCACGUCGGCCGCAGGGUUCUCACCAAGGCCGCGACAGCCCGCCAGUACUCCGCAUGCCACUGUCGGCCUGAGACACCAGCGACGGGAUGGCGGACUCUGAAGUGAAGGUCAGCAGCAACUCUGCCUCCGAGGCGGUGACCCCUCAGAGCCUGGUGACAGAGGACCACGUACGAGCGGUCCUCGCCGCAGACAAAGGAGCCGAAGCGCGCCUCGCCGCCUGGAAGGUCGUGGACUUCACCAAGAAGGGCGACAACUACGCGUGUAUCGUGAGCAGCGUCGAGGUCACGUAUGAGCUGGGCGGCCAGAGCUCGGAGGCAUCCUACGUGGUGAAGCUCAACCCUUGCGUCAGCAAUCCGCUAGCAGAUGCAGUUAAUGAUAUAGCCUUUGUAAAGGAAGGGAAUUUCUACCUUGGCCUAAUACCGGAACUUAACUGCAUGUUAAAAGAAAUUGGUCAGAGGGAGAUAAAUUUUCCCAAAUGUUUCAAAGUUUGUCUGGAAAAAGGAAAAGAAUGCAUAUUCCUGGAAGACCUGCGCAGCAGAGGCUACAAGAUGAGCGACCGCAAGCAAGGCCUGGAUGAAGCACACACAACCCUGGUGCUGAGGGAGCUCGCCAGGCUCCACGCCGCCUCACUCCUGCUGCAGAAGAAGUAUCCCGGCGAGGACUUCAAUGAGAAAUACCCGUGUUUGCAAAAGGAUAUGCAUUACUUCAUGGAAACUUGUGAAGCCUUUGUUAAGUUAGUGAAUGACAGUUUGAAAUUUGCUCAAACAAUCUUAAACAAAGUGGGAGGAUACGAAAGAGCAGUCGCCUGGAUAGACACUCUCCUUCCCAGGUUGGUGGAUAUCAUCUACGAGCAGUUGAGAUUUGGCGAGCCGAAGGUAGUGUGCCACGGGGACUGCUGGAACAACAACCUUCUCUUCAGGUACGACAAGGCCGGCAAUCCCGAUAGCGUGAUGCUACUCGAUUUGCAGCUGGUCAGCUUCGGCGCCCCGACCCCCGAACUUAACUACCUCAUCUUCACCAGCCUGAGGGGGGAGGUCAGGAAGCCCAACCUGGAGGCCUUGCUGAACCGUUACCACAAUACCCUCACUGGCAUCAUGAAGAUAGCUGGCCACGAAGAGCCACUCACUCGAGAGGAGCUCCAAAAGGACUUCAAGAAGAAAAACCUCUUUGGCAUAAUCUUCGGAAUGAUGUCGGUACCUAUUGUGGUGAUGGAGGGCGAGGGCGAUGUUGACUCUUCUGAUGCCUCUGCUGACUACAUUGAAGAGCAGAUGUUAAAGACGAGGACCGAGGCGAUGAAGGCGCUGGACACUAACCCACUACUGAAGCCAAGGUUUUUGACAAUGUUCGAUGAGAUGAUGGAAUCCGGCCUGAUCCCAUGAGAGAGAGAGAGAGAGAGAGAGAGAGAGAGAGAGAGACGCCUUGCUGUAAGUUUUUACCAGAAUGAUGUAAAUCCAAUAAGAUGUUGGCUUGGGAAAUUGAUCAUAUGACCAAACCAUCUCUGAAACAUUACCUACAAAUAAACUAACAUUCACUGGUUGCAAACAUGAAUUAAUAUUUCCGUUGUUAUUAUAAAACCUACGAAACAAAACAUUUACGAGUAUAUGCAUAAGGAGCGAAGUUAAUGUUAGCAUUCAACCCGCGACCCCUCAGCCUCUCGUUGUCUCUGGUAUCGUCUAUAAGUUGAGCAUCACGUAGUUGGCAUCCUCCUCCACCUCCUCUUCCUCCUCCUCCUCCUCCUCCUCUUCCUCUUCCUCCUUAUUCGCCUUAAUGAUUACAGCUUUUACUUUCAUCUUCCUCCUCCUCCUCCUCCUUCUCCCUCUCUUCCUCUUCCUCCUCCUCCUCCUUAUUCGCCUAAAUCAUCACAUCUUUUACUUCCAUCUUCCUCCUCCUCCUCCUUCUCUUCCUCCUCCUCCUGCUCCUUAUUCGCCUUAAUUAUCACAGCUUUUCUCUCUCCUCUUCUGUAGCCUUGACAACAAAACAAACACCGGUGCAGUCAGAGUCAACUAAUCACUGCCCUGUCCGAGAGGAAUAAUACAACACAAUACUUUUUUAACCAUACCAUAAUCGUAAGUGGUAUCGACGAAGCAGGAUCAAUAGUCGGAAUUUUCAGACGCCGCCACCUCUCUCCUCAACUAUCUCCACAUGCCAGAAAUGAGAGCAGUGGGGUUGUAAUGCGCGUUGCUCUAGGUUCAUGAUGCAGAGGAAGGGUCAAACUACCACCAGAGCCAUAAAACUACCCCUGAAAAUGCCCACAAAUGCUACGAAACCCUUGUUAAACGUAUGUGUUAAGAAUACGGAGCUAAAUGUCUUCAUCUCAGGAAGAAACUAAUUUGGUUCAACUUGCCUUCAGCUGACUCGGAUUAUUAGACCGAAGCACUUACGAACAGAUCAAAACAGAAGACCUAUUCAAUGAUAAGCUAAAAAAAAAGUCUAUUGGUAGCCAGUCUAAGUCAUACAGCGUCACUACUCAAGUCAUAUGCCUCGGGUGGGUGACGUGAAUUCUCUCAGUAUAGCACAAUUGCUUAAUGAAGACUUCCCUCCGGCUCGUAACAAGGACAUCCGCCCAUCAGGAUAUGGGAGGGGCAAGAGAAGGGAGCUGUAUGGUAUGGCCGUGUCACAAGGCCGUCAGGCAAGGGGAUCACCACAUCACACCACUCAAGGGAGGAAAGUUCGGUUACUGAUACAUUUGCCGUCUAUCCAAUUCCCUUUUCCUUGUCGCUCAAUGCAUUCGUUACUAAAUAUGUUUAAAGACUUUGUGUGUUUGGAUGUCAGCAAAAGUUAGUGAUCGAGGCUUUGUUUAGGGUAUUGUAGAUUGUGCAACUGAACGAUACUAGAGAAAAUUGGUUGAAGGGAUUGAGAAUGAUAUUAUGAACGGAGCAAAUAAGAAAUCGUGUGGCUACAUUGAACGAUGAUGUUAUAUAAACUUAUCGGCUCGGUUUCAGGGUAUCAGCACGUCCCUUGUGUGUGCCAAGCGAAGCAUCUAAAGCGAACUACAUGCGAAGGAGGAGAAAUAAAAUAACUUGCAUUGCCACGCUAAUAACCUCUGACAUAUAUUGAUAAAUUUUGAUAAAUGUGAUACAAUGUAGGACUUUUGAAAUACAUACCUCAAAAGUUUGUAUAUAUGUAAUAAUGACGUAAUACACACACACACACACACACACACACACACACACACACACACACACACACACACACACACACACGUACAC